CAUAGCUUCAAUGUUCACACAGCUCCAGCUUACCUAUUACACUUUUUCAUCUUUCAAUAUCUCUUCUCACACAACAAACCGUGAUUUGGGUAUUCCAACUUUCAGAUAUGGAUGUCUCUUCACAAGUAGUAGAACAGCCAUUUCCGGCUCAGUCCAAAUCUACCAUUGGGCCUAUUGACGAUAUCCCUACAGAAGCUUCUGUUCUAUAUUUCUCAGACAAGAUUCUUGUUACCCUAUCCCAAGAAGGCAGACUAUCACAAUGGAUACAAAUACCACUCUCAGCGCCUUCACCUGCUACAGUAAACAUGGCUCUAGCAAACAAUAAUCUGCUACCUCUGUCUCAUUUGACGCCAAAGACAUUACUUGGUGGUGGUGGAGAAGAGCGUGAAUCUUUGGCCCAACUAUACGCUGUCCAGAUUGCCAGUCACAUUGCCAGGCGAGACUCAGAUGAGAGUCGCACUCUUGUCGUGGGACUUGGUCUCAAAACCCUCAAGCCUGACCGCGAUUCAUUCUUCGAUGUCAUUGAACUCAUUCAAAAGGCCUUGUAACUUGGCUUGAUAAAAAGCAGUUGGCCGAAUCAGAAUGUAAACCA